AUGGAACAGAGAGAAAGUUCUACAAUGUAUCUAGUUCUGUACACCUUUGUGGGAUGCUUCGCAAUAUCAUAUGCUCAAUAUUCGUCAAUAUCUAACUGCAAUGAAAAGUUGGUGAAAUUUGCUAAUGACGAUCAGCUUUCGGCUUCAUCCUCGUGGAAUCCUGAACUGUUACACGGACCACAUCGUGCCAGGCUUGAUACAGAGCGUACCUCCACUCCCGAUGGCGAUCUGAGAGGCGCAUGGGUUGCUGGUCAAGGCCAGACGACAGGUCAAUGGAUAAUGGUCAGUCUGGAUUCUACGUAUUCCAUAUCAGGUGUCGAGGUCCAGGGACGGGCAGAUUAUGGAAAUCAGAGAACUGAGAGGUUUUCCAUAUCGUAUAGCACUGAUGGAACCAAUUUCCAAGAAUACCGGGGAAAUAAUGUUGAUAAAGUUAUAUUCGAUGGUAACACUGAUAGGACGACUAAGGUGUUCCACGCGAUGUCAAAGCGUUUCAAAGCUAAGUAUGUCCGAUUAAACGUGGAGGAAUACAACGAACACCCGUCAAUUCGUUUCGAAGUAUAUGGAUGUAUUCCGGAUGUAGAUUUUACGGAGGCAGUUGAUGUAGCGUUCGUGUUAGAUACAACUGCCGUGUCCCAAAGUGAUUUUGAGCAACAGAGACAAUUCAUCAAAAACGUCAUUCGAGAUGUCAGUAUCAACGAUGGAUCACAUCGCAUUGCUGUUAUCCGCCAGGGUAUACGAAAGGGUGAUGAUUUCUUUCUUUCGUUUGAUCUCAAUACUCAUACAAAAGAGUCUGACUAUCUUACAGCUAUGGACGCACUAACUUAUUCCAGUGACAAUCGGGUUCCUACUGAUUUGUACAGUGGCUUCCGUAAAGCAUCUGAUGUUCUUUCAUACAAUCCAUAUGGAUCUGUCCUUGUUUACAUGGCCAAUGGAUACCCUAAAGAAAAUGUUGGGCUAGAGAUUGACGAAGCUGCUCGAUUAAAGAGUCAAGGCGUUAAGAUUGUUUUCUUUAGUUUUGAAGCCAAUGAUGAAAUAAGGCGUGACCUGCGUCCAAGAGCAAUAGAAUUAGCCAGUCCAAAUUAUCAAGUGUCUGCCCCUGACUUUUCAUUUCUAACGGCGGACGAUUUCAGACAACAAUUGGUAUCCAAUCUGGCUAGACAAGAUGCAUGUGUAGAAGUUGACUGUGGUCUCGGUUCUUGUGUUAAUUACUUCGAUGAAUACAGGUGCGAUUGUUCCACAUCCAGCAGAGGUAGUUAUGGUAUCGCCUGUGAACAUGUGACUGAUGAUGUGACAAGAAGCAGCGGUAAUAUUGCAUUUCUCCUCGACUGUUCCUCCAGCAUAGGUAUAAACAACUUUGGACGCGUCAAAAAGCUUAUAGAUGGAAUCGUUGGUGAUGUAGCUGUGUGGUUUGAAAACGAAAACUUGGAGCGCUACAGCUUCGCAUUAGUAUCGUUCAAUUCUUUUGCUAGAGUUGAAUUUAGCUUCAACGAUUUUGGUUACAACACGUCGUUAAUAAGAAAAGCAAUUAUGCGAGUUGGGUACCGAGGAGGUUCAACUAAUGUAUAUCAAGCGCUGAAUCUUACAAGGACACAAGUAUUCACAAACUCUGGAUCUAGGGCUAAGCCAAAUAUAGCUAUUUUGUUAACUGAUGGAAAUGUUAAGAUAAGGUCUUUGGCAGAAACAAGGAACGUAGCAGAACGUCUUAGAGUAGAACGCGAUGUCUUCAUAUCAGCUGUGGGAAUGGGUGAAGAAGGGAUCAGCUUUGAUACCUUGCGUCAACUUGUCAGCUACCCAGUCAGGGAUAACGUCAAACUUGACAUCAAUUUUGGUUACCUGCUUCCGGUAAAAGAUUGGCUAUUACAAAUCAUCAUAGAUGUGGAAUCCUCAUGUACAUCUUCUAAUACAUGCGCUGGUGAAUGCGUAGAAGAAAUAAGAGGAAGCUCUUGCAGGUGUCUGUCCCCUGAUCAAUCAAAUAAAAGCGGAAAGGAUUGCGACAAGCGAUGCAAUGCAGUUGAUUUGGCUUUCGCAUUUGACGGCUCCAAUGAAAUACGUUAUGAGAAGGAUUUCUUGCUGCAACUAGAGUUUGCCACAGAAUUGAUGCAGGAGUUUCCAUUUUAUGAGGGUUCCAGAGAGGGAAGAUCUAGAGUAGCAGUUGCCAGAUAUGACAACGAUGUAACUUUUAAAUGGGAUCUAACUGAGUACACUGGUAAAUCUACGAUCUUGAACGUCAUGCAGACCAUUCCCUGGCAAAAACAGUCCACGAAUAUGGUAGCGGCUCUUGAAGCUCUCGUCAAUUUCUAUGGUGGAGGAAAAGAUCAAAGCGACGCUGACAAUGUAGUGAUUUUUUUAACAGAUGGGCAUUCAAAGAUAGGCACAGAGCUCCAGCUCUUGAACAGGGCAACCCAACUAAAGUCAGAGGCAACGAUUUACGUCAUUGGUGUAGGACCAGAAGCAGAAGAUGGUCUUGACGGUGUAAAAACCAAUGAACUAAACAUUAUCGCUACUGAUUCUUCGUACGUUUUCAGGAUUGACGAUUGGAGUGAUCUUCCAUCGACCAUUGUCGACAUUCGCAAUAAACAGUGCAAUAUUUAAUAGAAAUGAGUGACAUUUAAGGACAUUAGUUAUUAUUGUUGAGUAUAGCCAAAAAUAUGAAACAUACUGUUUUUGAGUUUGAGCCUUCCUUAAAGCAUAGCAUACUGUAUCGUAAUCAUCAAUGAGU